GAGGAGACAUGUUAUACACAGACCUCAGACUGAAGAUGAUGAUGCUGAUGUGGAUUACAGCGAUGCUUUUUAAUAAAAUUGCAGAUUCUACACAGAUGAACAGCAUCAAUCAUCCGAACACAAUGAUCACUGCUGAUGUCGGUGAUAACGUGACUCUGCACUGCUUUCGACUGCGAGAGGAAAAUACCGAUUCCAUCAUCUGGUACAAGCAAAAAGUCGGACACAAGCCUUGUGUAAUAGUUGCAGUUCAACAUGAAACCUAUUACGAAAAUGAGUUCAAGCCACCAAAAUUCAGCAUCGAGAAAGAAAAAAGGAACGGCCAUUUAAAAAUUGUUAAUGUGGAACCCUCGGAUGAAGCCGUGUAUUACUGUGGAUAUAUAAAUUUCUUAACAAGGUUUACAAAUGGAACAUUUUUAUCAGUCAAAGGUAAACCAGAUUUAAGCGUCUCAGUGUUCCAGAGCGGCGUGUCGGACUCGGUUCCUGCAGGAGCGUCAGUGACUCUGCAGUGCUCGGUUCUCUCUGAGAGCAGAUCAGCAGAACUCCAAGUGCUCUGGUUCAGAGCUGCUCCACCACAAUCCCAUCCUCAAAUCAUUUACACUCAUCACAACAGCAGCCAUCACUGUGAGAGCGGCUCUUCUACACACACCUGUGUGUACAGCUUCUCCAAGAACAUCCUCAGCCUCAAUGAUACUGGAACUUACUACUGCGCUGUGGCCGUGUGUGGGAAGAUCAUUUUUGGGAACGGGACACGAGUACAAUUGAAACAAUCGUUGCAUCCUGUAAUGAUCUUUCUCGCUGUAGCUUUGGGAGUGUGUGUGGUUGUGAUCUUUACUCAUGUUGUAAGCAGUAAAGGGAGAAACUGUGAAUGUUGUCAUGGGAGAUCUCAAGAUUCUGUGGUCAAGAAAACACCAGAUCAGAGCCGUGAUGCUGAGGAGCUGAAUUUUGCUGCUUCAAACCUCAAUAAAAAGAGAGGAAAGAGAGAACGAGCUCGUGAUAAUGUGUACACUGACGUGAUUUACUCUCCUCUUUCUUAGAUCAUAAUUAUCAUAGAUUUUCUUGUUAAUUACUCUCCUAUUUAUAAUGUUCAGCCUGAUUGGAAAUCUGGUGAAUUCUAUGGUGCAUUAACAUAUAAGGUGACGAUUUAAAAAAAUAAGUA